GAUUUGUAAGCAGAGCGGUUCGCCUGUGUGGCUGUGUGCGUUAUCACUGCUUUACUCAAAAAAUAUUCUGACUCAUAUAUUGAGGAUACACUUUUAAUACGGCAUAUAAUGUCCAAAAAUAUUGUUUAUGAAGGAUGGCUUACUAAAUCGCCACCAUCAAAGCGCAUUUGGAGAACUAAAUGGCGUAGACGGUGGUUUGCCUUGCGACAGUCAGGUGAGCUACCAGGACAAUACUUUCUCGACUACUAUUCCGAUCGACACUGUAGGAGGUUGAAGGGGUCUAUCGAUUUGGAUUGCUGUGAUCAGGUUGAUGCUGGAUUGCAUAUGGAAAGGGAUAAUAACGGAUCAUUAAAUCGCAAACUCCGUGGUUGUGUGUUCACAAUCCAAACUAACAUUCGCACUUAUCACUUGGAGGCUGAUUCUGAGGAAGAAAUGGAAAAGUGGGUUGAUGCUAUAUGCAGAGCGUGUGGCCUCAGAGCUACGGACGAAUCAACAAAUGCUGUCGGUCUAUAUCAGAAUAUAACGCUAAAUGAGAGAGAAAAUAUUGGAACAAAGGUAAUAAAUGAUUCCAAUGUCACAGGGGGUGCGAGAAAAAGGACUCACACCACCACAUUUAGGAACAAUAAGCCUUCGUCUACACGAGGCAAGUCCAAAGUGAAGACAAACACGAAGCAAACGCCUAUAGAAAGACAUGAUCAGGGUACAAUGACGGUUAUGGAUGAUUAUCCCUCCGGCGAAGGCACUGGCCCAUACAUACCAAUAUCUGAAUGCAUAACUGGAGUUCGGACACAGGACACCCAAACAGCGUUUACCUUUGACCCCAAGAACAUCGUUAUCAGCUCGAAUAAGAAAGUCGGUAGCUCAAGAAGCUAUACCUAUUUGACGCAACCACAAAUAAGAGUAAAUAAUGUUGAACUAUCAGAAAAUGAAUCAAAUCUCAGUGAAGACGAAUGCCGGUCCCUCAGCGCUAGUCAAUUCAAUAUGGGGGAUUGGACUGUUGCAAAGUCUUUUAAAAGGCUAUCUGUGCAUCCUCAAAGCCAAGAAGGCUUCAACGCUGAUGGUCCCCCCGUACCACCUCGGCCGCCGAAGACCUUCGCCAUGAGCAAGGAUCUCACGCGAGCGAAGGAUUCCUUCCAAGGACAAAAAUUUCAGGAAACUGUUGAUGUUCAUGAGUGUUCUUCUCCUUUCCCCUGGGUUCGCUUGCCACGUCGCAUGUCACAAGGUGCGCCGACAUCACCAGGAAGAUCCGUGAUCAGCCACGCCAGGACUGAUGAUGAAGAUGACGUUUCAAUGGGCCAUUCGCUGCAGUAUUGCAACUUGUCGUCUCUGCCGCCGGCCGUAGAUCGCGCUUUGAAGCCACGGCACUCGACUCACAGCAUAGGCAAUAUAACCGCUGGACAUAAAACAGCGUGCAGGGCUAGCGAUGAGAUCAAGUCGGAGACUUUGCAGUACUUGGAUCUCGAUCUACCCGCCCCCAGCUCGCCGUCUAAAUUCAAGGAAUCAGCAAGGAAGACGUCUAUAGUCCACGGUAAGUCGUUGUCAUCCGACGAGUGCGCGUAUAAAACGGUCGACUUCUUGAAGACCGAGGCGUUCAAUAUUACUCGCCAGGACGCUGAAGCGUCUAGAAGUAUCCAGCAAUGAUUAAACCCGAUAUACGGCAAGGUUUAUAAGAAAUGCAUUAACCCAAAUGACAUGUUUAUACGCUGAGCUGUUUAAACUAUAGACGUUUUGAACUAUGUGACACUGUUCUCGGUGAAUGCUUUUUUUUAAAGUGUAAAUAAAUUUAUACAAGAUUUUUUUUUAAGCACAAUUUUUUUUUAUAUGAUCGUGGAUCGCGACAGAAUUAUUGAUUUUUAUAUAUAUAUAUACAUAUAUAUAUUAUUCUGUUUCCUAUGUUUCGGAUAUAGGGUGGUAAAAUUUUUGUUUUACCAUACAUUUAUACAGGGUGUCCCAAAAUGACCACGUCCCAGUGACACAGGAGUUAAAUGAGCUCGAGAUCUAUCAGAAAAUCACAAUUUGACCUCAGUAAAAAUAUCACAGUUUUCGAGAUAUUGUAAUUUUUUUUAUUGUUCUGACAUCUUGAAUAGCUUAUCUAAAUAUUAGAAUUAUUAUUUUAUCGAGAAAUACUUUAAUUUCAAAAACCCUGUGAAAAGACAAAACACUAACUUUGACUAGCUGCUGUGUAAAAAAUCUGUAUGACACCGAGUUUGCAAAUAAUUUAAAAAAUUGGUCUACUUAAUGCUGAUUCAGGAAUGGUAAAACACUAGUGAGUUUUUUGGCAAAAACUUUGACGUUUAAUUUGUUUUCUCACUAGGGCAACAUUAGCCAAAUUCGUUUUAAACAAAAAAGAUACAAUUAUCUGAACUCACCACAGUACAAUUUGUUGUUAAUAACUCAGUUAAUGAAAUGAAGUGGAGAUUUUGACUGUUAUUUGUAGAGGACGAUGUAGUUUUGCUGGUAGUCACAGAACUUUACGUUUGAUAGAAAGACGGACUGGCGUCUCAAAGUCCUCUGCACGAAGAGUUUUAAAAAGAUUCAAAUAUCAUAUCCAAAGGGUUCAAACUCUAUUGUCGAGCGAUUAUGCCAGACGCGUCUUUACUGAGGUCAAAUUGUGAUUUUCUGGGACUGAGACGUGGUCAUUUUGGGACACCCUGUGUAUAUAUAAUUUAAAUUUUCUUUCGUAUUAUAUGGUGUCAAUACAAAAACUGAUUUAUUAUAUAUAUAUAACUUUUCUAUCGUCAUGUUCCAAUUGUGCGUCAGUCUAACAAAAUAUUUGAGGUAUGGUCAAUGGUGUGCACAUUACGUAAUUUUGUUUGCGCGUUUAAUAUUGACACGGUCUGAUUUACGGGUUCGGCUUGGGGUCGGUUCUAGUCCAGUACUGAAUUGGAAUUUUUUUUCUUAUUCCCGGAAUUUAAGUAUUACUAUCGCUGAACGGUCUACGAUAGUUCUAUUAAAUGCGUAUACUAAUUGUUUGAUGUUAGAUAUAUUUAGAAUAUAAAUUGUAAAUAUGUAAAUUACGACCCAAGCUUUUAAAGGAUACAUACAGAGGUAUAUCAGAUCUUCCUAUUAUGUUAGUAAAUAAUAAAAAAAAAUCACUUAACGCUCGGUUAAAUAGAGGAAUUAUCUGAUGGGUUCCUAAUAUGAAUUCGUUGAUAGCUAUCAAUACAAAAACCGCGACGUCUAUUGAAGCCGCUUUGAUGUAAACAUUUAAAAGAUAAUGUAAUAUUAUUUAUUUUACGGACAAUCUUGAAUAAAGAUACUAUUGUAUAAUACUAUUAUAAGUGCUAAGAGUUGGAGGAGAAAUUUAAAGCUAAAAAAAUAUUUUAAGAUCUUGUACAUAGGUACAGGUAGGUAUCUUAUAAUUUAAUAAUAUCUGUAUUCGAUUUGAUAUGAUAUAAUGAUUAUGAAGAUGAAUUUUGUUAUGUAGCUAUUGGAAAAAAAAUAUAUGAUAAAAUAUUUGUAUGUGUGCGUAAUUUUAAAUACGGAGCUGUAUUCCGUAAUUUAUUUACUCGGAUAUUGACUUGAAAUUUCUUAACUAGUUUAUAUUGAAGCGUUUUAACGUGAAACGUAAAACAGCUUUAAGAAUUUUUAUAUUUAUAUUAAAUGUCUUGUCGCACUAACAAAAUACCCAGCGAAUUUAAUCCAUUUGGUCAUUAUUAAAUUCAUUCAUUUUACGUAUAUUUUAUUUCUACGUAAAAAAUUUUUUCGGUCAUAAUGUUUUAUGGGACAAUUUAUAUCUAUUCCAUCUUGAAUAAGACUUCAAUUUUAUAUGUACGUUUAGAAGCCUAGAUGGUAACGUGUUUAUAUACAAGUACCGAGGUGAAAAACGAUUUAACUAUAUGUAGUUUUUUUAGUCUUUUUGGACUGUUUGCGAUAGACUGACAUAUAUAAUCGUAUUUAUCGUAGAUUAGACGAAAAUCAAGCUACAUAUAUAAGCUUUUGCUACGCGUAGCCUGCACUUACUGUUUGUAAGCAAAAGUUUUAUAUAUUGAAAAAAGCUAUACAACCUAUCUACCAUAAUCAUUAUAGCUAAAUAUGCGAUUAGAAUUCUUAAAAUUAUCAAUUUCCGAAUAACGCUUAGCACGUGUUCGCGGAAUCGCACUACGUACGAAGCGUCACGCGUUUCUCAUUCAAUGGAACGUGUUAAAAUAUAAUUUGCGAAGACGAUAAGACUUAAUGUAAGUGGAAUCAGAGUCUAUUGAAUAUUUUAUAUAUGAGUGAAUUGACGUGUCUUAUAAAUGUGAAUUUGGACCAGUAAAUGAAAAUAAAAAAAAAAAUUAAACUUUUUCUAAGUACAUAAAAUGUAAGUAGCCGUAAAAUAUUUAGCCUUAGCGGCGUGUAUGUAUAUAUAUUAUUAAUAUACAUAUAUAUGUUAGGGUCGUGAUCCCAUAAGCCGUUUUGUUAAGUGAGAUGUAAAUACGAUACGAUUUACCAUUACAGUGCACAUGAAAUACACUCACAAUGAUCCCAUUGUGCAGAAAAUAUCUUGGCCUUUGAAUAUCUUAAACUUGUAAAUAUGUAUGAGUUUUGUGUUUAAUACGAUAUGUUGAUUUUGUUCUCAAACGCACAACCACCGUUUCGAUGUAUGAAAAUUUUGUAUAACUUCCGGUUUUUGGUGAUUUUUUUUUAUAUAACCAAUGUAACGUGUUAAAGGAUUUUAUUCUUAAUGUUAUAAGGUGUUAUAAAGUGUUAUAAGGUGUUAUAAGGUGUUGGAACGCACAUUGUUAUUGUGACUGUGUACGGUGUAGUGCAGCAAAAUGAAUUUGGAUUUGUCGUUUAGUUGCUGUAAUUGCGUUAGAUUGUUAGGUAAUCAAUGAAACUUUAUAGAAUUCUCCCAGCGAGAGAAACGUCGAGGACUCAAUUUUUUUUUUUUUUGUUGUGAAAUUUAUUUUUCACAUAAAAAAUGUCGUCGUCUUUAUUAAUUCAAAAAUUCUUUAUAUUCACAGUUUCCUUAUUUUCUAUGAUAUUAUACGUACAGAACGACAGAUGUACGUUCGGGGUGACGAUAAAAUUAAUAAUGUGGGUUAACGAAAUUGUUUUUUUUUUUGUACAUUUUAUGAGUGAAAAUCUUAAAUUUCAUACAAAUAUUUGAUUUCAUUGAUUUCAUUGAUUCAUUCAUAUAAAUUCGAUUCAUAUAACGUCACACUAUCAUCUAAUAUUGUUAAUAGUGUAAUUUCUUUUAGUAUAUAAUCUAUUCCGUUGUACUAAUUUAAGUGGAUGUGGUAGAUUUAAUGUAUAUUUUAUCAUGCCAUGUAUAUGGAAUAUAUUAUAUAUGUGUUAAUCGUUUAAUUAAUAAGCAGAUGUGUUGUAACUAGGUCAGUUUUUGACCUCUUGGGACAGAAUAUUCAUGUUUAAAUCGAAAUCAAUGCGAGAUGUCAUCUCGUUUAGAUGAAACGUCUGGUGUCUUUUAACGCUAUGGAAUUUCGUUCUAAAGUGAGAUUUUUAUCUCUAUCGGUAAUUCAGGUGAUUUUUUUUUUUAUGAGAAUACUUAUUUUGUAUUAAGACAUGACGGCUAUACGAGAUCUGUUCCAUCAUACUACAAACGAAUCUUAGUUAUAUAUAGACAGAUUUUUUUAUUCAAAUAAAGGGACCACUAAUCUCACGGUAUUCAACCAUGUUUCCCUUCACCUUAUUUAAGAGUUUAAAUGUUUUAUCGGCGAAUAUUAACUGAUAGAGACUGCUACGGAUAUUUUUUCAUUUACUUCCACGCCUUACAUUCAUAUGUACGUAUAUUUUACGUGCUUGAUUAUAGUAACUAUAUAAACGUAUAUUGUAUUAUGAAACGUGAAUUCCAUGUGUUUAUCUGAAUUUUGUAAUACAGUGAAAUAAUUUUCGGAGUAAUUUUGCUCAAUUUCUUAAAAGUAAAUAUAAUACAUUUACCUACAUAACGUUGUAGAGUAUUACGCUGUUUGAUAGAAUUCUGAACUAAGUAUUGAUGGUACAGCAUCAAUCAACAUCAAACUAACGGCCUAAAUAAUUUGAUCUGGCUCUAUACAGUGCAGGUUUAGAUGGUUAGUAAACCCAUUUCAUUAACGCGCUCAAAACAUUAUUUAAUUAUAUACAAUUUGUUUUUGAAGUUCGUCUUUUAACUUCUCAAUGUUAUUGGUGUUAUUGGUGUGUAUAUUACAAGUGACACGUUUAUUAUGAUGACAAUUCACUUAAAAUAUAUAAACUUUUUUUUAUUAAUUUAAAAUCGUACAUAUAUAUAUCUUUUUGAUUUUUUUUUUUAAUCUAAGGAACCGCAAUCGAUUGUGCGAAACUUGGACAUAUAUGUAUAUCAAAUAGUUUUGUUUUCAUGCAACCUUAUUUACGAUUAUCUGCUUUAAGUCAGUGGCGUGCACAGAGAUUUGGGAUAGGGUAAGCAGAAUAUGUUUGAAAAAAAAAAUAACAAUUUUCAUCAUAAUUUCCUCUUCUAAACCGUUGAUAAUAAUGACAUCUUUCGCAAUUAUUCAUUUAAAUGAAACUAAUAUUUUCGGAUAACUACGCGUAAUUUAUUGUUUUAACGGACAGGCGAUGUCUGCCGUGAUCACGGGUGCUGCAAAGUAGUAUGUAGUUUUUAAAGUAAUAAAAUACGCGAAGUAAUCCGAAAAUAUGAGCUUCAUUUAAACAUUGAUAAUAUUCGCGCAUAAAGUGACAGCAGUCCGAUCAGAGAGAACAUCAAUAUAUUUUAUGAAUCCAUCAACUACCUCUGAGCCACGAAAGUACCUUAAAACGAUUACAAUUUGUUCACAACCGCUUUAUAAAAGAUCCAAACAUUCUUAUUAUUAUUAUUUGAAAACAACAAACUAGGAUAACAAAAUUAUUUAUUUGUGUGUACGCAACCUGCUAGGUAAUUGAAACUAUCAAAACAUUUUUAUUAAAGCGAAUAAUACUACCUAUCUUUAAGUUCAGUCUCAACGGGUCACACACCUACCCUUUGUAAUUAUCUUAAUUUUAUUAUCAAACGACAAUAUUAAAAAUCUACUCAUUAUAAAUGUCGAUGAACACACAUCACCAGCACAGAGCUCGCAGCUAUAAUUUUCUAUAAUUUGUUAAUAAUUUAAAUCACUGUUUACUAAUUAACUAAUUAAAAUAAUAAUAAAAUGUCGAAAAAUAUGAAUAGUUUACCGACCAAUCUGAGUCCCGUUUCAUUUGACAAUUAACGGACUUUCUACGAGAUUUUAAACAAUAAAAAUAUGCAGUGCUUCUCGAACACUAACACAUGCAUAGUUUUGCACUCGCACAUACAAACAUUUUCUGCAUACAACACGAGAUUUGUAGAUCGUCCUUGAGAUUUUUUGUAAGGAAAAUAACCAGAGAGUAGUUCUACAUAUCGCCGCGCCGCUCUGGCUGCAUAGCGGCGCUAGCAGUUUGCAGCGGCCGAUCGAUAAUGUUUCGUUUUAUAUACGACACUUUUAACAAAUCGUGAAUCAAAUUUCAUUUUAAAAAUCUGUAAACAUUUGUAUUUCGUAAUGUAUGAUAAAAAGUAUGUAAGUAAGAAUUAAACAAUAUAGGUUUAGUUGUUAUAUGCGUAGGGUAUGCAGUGCUUACUGACAUCUAUGCUGUGCACGCCACUGCUUUGAGUAACGUAAUAUUAUUAUUUUUUUAAGAAAUUAGUUACUAGUGUUGCCAUUAUAGAAACUUUUUAUAUAUUAAUAUUUUUUUUAUUUGUUAAUUUUAAUAAUUAUUUUUAGAAAUUUAACCCUUAAUUGUAUUGAAGUUGGACCAUACAAAUGUAUUAUAGGUUUAUUUAAUUAUAUUCUGUUUGUUCUGUAAUUAUUGUAAAUGAGUAUUACUAUUAAAAUAAGGAUUUUUAUUAUGUAAGUAUUAAUUUGCUUAAGUGAAAUGUCGCUGAAAUAAAUAUGUUGAAUGUGAUA